AGAAGCGGCCAGGCGCGCUGCCCACCGGCCGCCCAGCUGCGUCUCCGGAGCCCCGCCGGUCCCUGCUCUGGCUUGGCUCCUUCGCCCGCCGGGCUCUUUCCACCGCUGCCCGCCCGGCUUCCUUGCUUGCCCGGCCCGCCCAGGUUACACAAGCGGCCGGAGAGAGGACGGACGGGCGGCCGGAGUGCGGCUCCGCGCACCAGGGGUCUCGCAAGCCCUGAUGGACAUCUGAUCGCUUGCAACCCGCCAGCUGGGAGAGCAUGGUUAAACACCAGCCACUGCAAUAUUACGAGCCCCAGUUGUGUUUGUCAUGCCUGACGGGAAUUUAUGGAUGCCGGUGGAAGCGAUACCAGCGGUCACAUGAUGACACCACCAAGUGGGAACGCCUCUGGUUCUUAAUCCUCACCUUUUCUUUCUUCCUGACCCUGAUCUGGUUCUAUUUUUGGUGGGAAGUUCACAACGACUACAAUGAAAUCAACUGGUUUUUAUAUAAUAGAAUGGGAUACUGGAGUGAUUGGUCCAUUCCUAUACUGGUUACGACGGCUGCUGGUUUCACUUACAUCACAGCUUUAUUGAUUUUAGCACUUUGUCACAUAGCUGUAGGACAACAGAUGAAUCUGCAUUGGAUCCAUAAGAUCGGUCUGAUCACUACCUUGAUCUCCACUGUUGUUACAAUGAGUUGUGUAGCCCAGUUGUGGGACGAUGAAUGGGGUAUGGUGGUAAUAUCAUUGCAAGCAACUGCUCCUUUCCUGCACCUAGGAGCUCUUGUGGCGGUCACGGCCCUGUCUUGGUUAGUCUCCGGGCAAUUUGCGAAAGCCGAAAGAGCCACUUCCCAGUUGCUGAUGCUUGGGACCUAUUUUGCAGUGGUCCUUGGACUGUACCUGGUGCCCCUCACCUUCUCCUCCCCAUGCAUCAUGGAAAGGAAGGACCUGGGACCCAGACCUGCCAUCCUUGGCCACCGCGGAGCCCCCAUGUUAGCACCUGAAAACACCCUGAUGUCCUUCCAGAGAGCAGUGGAGGAGAAGGUUUAUGGUGUGCAGGCAGAUGUGGUGAUAAGUUAUGACGGAGUGCCUUUUCUUAUGCAUGACCAGACGUUGCGGAGAACCACCAACGUCGAGGAAGUAUUUCCAGAGCUAGCUUACGAUCAUUCCUCUAUGUUCAACUGGACAGAUUUGGAAAGACUAAAUGCAGGCAAAUGGUUCCUCAAGAAUGACCCCUUCUGGACAGUCAACUCCCUUUCCCCAUCAGACUUCGUAAAAGCCGCCAACCAGUCGGUCUGCAAACUGGCCGAGAUGCUGGAAACCAUCAAGGACAACGCCACCGUCCUCUUGAACCUCCAAGAGUUGCCCGAAGAUCACCCGUAUUACGCCACUUCGGUCAACGUCACCCUGGAAACCGUCCUCACCUCGGGCAUCCCUCAGCAGGCUGUGAUGUGGCUGCCCAGUCUGGACAGGCAUCUCGUUCAAGAAAUCGCCCCCGGAUUCCAGCAGACCUGUGGCCAGAAGACAGACGCCCAGCGGUUAAGAGACCGAGGUUUCCAGAAGCUCAACCUGAGAUACACCAAAGUCACCCGCCAGGAUAUCAGGGAAUAUGCCAGUGCAAACCUGAGCAUCAAUUUGUACAUCGUCAACGAACCGUGGCUGUAUUCCCUUCUCUGGUGCAUGGGGGUCGAGUCCAUCACCUCCGACAACUCGCAAGUUCUCCUUCGGCUGCCUUCCCCCCUCUGGCUGAUGCGUCCAGACGAAUACCAUCUCAUCUGGAUAACGGCCGACCUUGUUUCCUUUGUCAUAAUUGUAGGGAUUUUCAUCUUCCAGAACUAUCACUUAAUCAGGUGGCGCUUCGGUAGCAUUCGCACCUACAACCCGGAGCAGAUCAUGCUCAGCGCUGCCGUCCGGCGAUCCAGCCGCGAAGUCAACAUCAUGAAGGAAAAACUCAUAUUUUCCGAAAUCAACAGCGGCCUCGAGGCGACGGACGGAUUCUCCUUGUGUUCGGAAAACGGCUACGCCAACGAGGUCGUCACUCCCAUUGACCACCGGGAAGGGAAGCUACGGAUUAACUGACGGAGGGAGGGGAGGGCAGUGGGCAAGAUCCGGGGGGG